AAUAUCAAUGUCAACAUUAAUAACCUCAAAAUCUCAAAACAAAGUUUUUAUUCGAUUAAUACUUCAAUACAAAUUAUUAAAAUAUAUUUUAGAGUUAGUAAUCACUUAAAAAUUAAAAUAGGAUUUUGAAAUGGCUUCUAAAGAAGGAGGAGAAAAGACGAAGAGUGCACAAGGAGCUGGAGAUAAUAAGGAGAAACGUAGGAAAGAGUCCAUUCUCGAUUUAAGUAAAUACUUAGAAAAAAGUAUAAGAGUUAAAUUUGCCGGUGGUCGGGAAGCAGCAGGCAUAUUAAAAGGCUACGAUCCUUUAUUAAAUUUAGUUUUGGACAACACUACAGAAUAUUUGAGGGAUCCUGAUGAUCCAUACAAAUUGCUGGAUGAUACAAGAGCAUUGGGGCUUGUUGUAUGCCGAGGUACAUCUAUAGUACUUAUCUGUCCCAUGGACGGCAUGGAAGCAAUACCUAAUCCAUUUAUUGCGCAGGAGUAAUGUUAAGUCUUAAGUUAAGUAUAAUAUAAGGCUAAGUAAAUAAAAACAUUUUUAUAAUA